AUGGGUAAUGUACAGGGCCUCGAACAAGAUCAGUCGCCGGGGUUGUUGCCUAACCUCAAGACCAACACUCCCAAUACUUUACCACUGUCGACUGAGGUGAAAGCAGAGGCCCAGAGUCCAGCCAACCAUGAAUCCUCACAGACCCACGAAGAUCUAACUAGUCUGACCGACCACGACAUGAGCAGCGCCCUCUUCUUCGUAGAACCAGAUCCAGAAACCAUUCAUCCUAACGUCGACUUGUCGGACAGAAACAAUCUUGUUCGCCUCCUUGCCCUCUAUCAGUGCGGCUGGAGGCAGGGACGCGGGCGGGGCCCACGCGAGCAUGAAACGUGCAUCUGGUGUCGUGGACCUGUGGCCCCGAACGUCGAAGUCCUCACCCAUGUUGGUAAUAGCAACAGUUGUAGGAACAGCUGGCCCGCGACCUGUCUUCUGGAGUGGAUCGACCAAGAGCUCGGCGCUGCCAAAAACCAUGCGUUGCAAUGCCCCAUGUGCCGGGAGCAGUUUUUCAGCUGUUAUUCUACCUCUGAUCCAGAUUUCAGGAAGGACCAAGGGGGGCCCGAUGCUCAAGGCGUUAUUAGCGCUGCUUGGGUGAGGUGCAUUCUUUUCAGCCCGUUGUAUGCCAGGGAAACUUGUGUCAAGAAGGGGAAGCCGCUCAUCAUCAUCAAGAGUGAGGAAGCUAGGAAGCUCGUGCUGCUGAACAAAGAGCAAUACAUCUUCAAUGGAUGUGAAAAUCUUAGUCAAAAGGUCUUUGUACGAAUGAGAAGAUUACUUCACAGAGCGAAGGGAACGAACAUUUUGCAGAGUUCUGAAUCACCCUCCGCCUCGGAAACCCUGGUCCUGAAUACUGUUGCCUCGAGCACUCGCGACCGUCCUGUUGAGGAAGAGAAACAGUUACCAAAACCUCCUUUGGACACCAUGUGGGCCCUCCUGGAUUGGGGAGACAACCAAUUUCGAAUGUCACCUUUGCUGGCCCACCAGGCGCAUGCCUUGAAGACGCUGACGGAACAACAAGGAGGAGUUGUGAAAACCAUGAACGCCGACGAGUUUGCUGCGUUGGCCAAGGGAAAUGGAGGUCUCGAGAGGGCGGUGAGAGGUUUCCAACCAGACGAUGAGGCCGAGUUGGCUGCAAUGAAGGUUUCGGGUACGGAAUGGCUGAUCAAAAUGCAGCGCGAGUCUUCAAAAGAAGACGAGCGCGCAUCGGAAAAGGAGUGGUAUGAGCGACUUGCCGAGUUUUAUCAAGUCAGCGUGGAUCCGGAAACAGGAGAGAUUGAGCAUCCCGAUGCCAUGCGGGAACCUCCCUCGAGCCUGUCUACAGAUACGGACGAUGAGUGGGAUGGCUCGGACGAGUCUUUGCCGGAGCUUCCUAUUGUCUGA